GACGGGAGCCUCAGUCUAGGAGAGAAUCUUGUUAAGAUACGACAUGAUUUUGUAGGUCUGAUCUAAGAUAGGACCUGAGAGUCUGUAUUUCUAGCAAGCUCCCAGGUGAUGCUGAUGAAGCCAGUUCACUUUACAUAGCAAGAUGUAGAGGAUUUGACAAACUAGUAGUAGCUCCCACUAGAGACAAAGUCCAGGCUAAGCGCCUGGCAACUUGAGGUGGUCUCCGCCCCCUUGCUCGCUGAGGUUCCCUCCCAGGACUCCGACACGUGACCGUCGACCGCUGUCCCAGACUAGAGGAGCCCUCUAAGAGCUAUGGCUCCCAAGAAGCCUCCUGGCCUUCUCUCCCUGCUGCUGCCGCUCCUGACGCUAUUGCUGUCCCAGGCGGACACUCGGUCGUUCGUAGUGGAUCGGGAUCACGACAGGUUCCUCCUGGACGGGGUCCCGUUCCGCUACGUGUCUGGCAGCCUGCACUACUUUCGGGUACCGCGGGUGCUUUGGGCGGACCGGCUUUACAAGAUGCGAUUGAGUGGCCUCAACGCCAUACAGUUGUAAGAAGUGCUUGCGAGAGCCGUGUAGGGGUGGGAUUUACUCUUCCUACCGCCCCCUUGGUUCAGGACAGGAAGACAGAAGACU